AAUAAUCAUGCAUUUCUGCCUGCUAGCAAGCGGUAGCUAUAAGUGAUGGACAAUAUGGCGCCGGGUGUAGAUUUAGCUUCAGGACCUGCGGUUGUUUAAUAGUCCGGCAGGAUGAACCUCUGUGGCCAAUAUUUGCGCCAGGCAGAGGCCCUGAAGGCUGACAUGACAGAUUCGAAGCUCGGCGCUGCAGAGGUCUGGACAUCACGGCAGGCUCUUCAGGACCUGUACCAGAAGAUGCUGGUGACGGACCUGGAGUAUGCUCUGGACAAGAAAGUCGAACAAGACCUCUGGAACCAUGCUUUUAAGAAUCAGAUAACAACACUACAGAGUCAGGCCAAAAACAGAGCCAACCCCAACCGAAGUGAAGUACAGGCCAAUCUCUCGCUUUUUCUUGAGGCAGCUAGUGGAUUCUACACACAGCUGUUGCAGGAGCUGUGCACGGUGUUCAAUGUGGACUUACCAUGUCGCGUGAAGUCAUCUCAGCUCGGCAUAAUCAGCAAUAAACAGUGCAACUCCAGCGCGAUUGUAAAGCCACAGCCCAGCUCUUGUUCAUAUAUCUGCCAGCACUGUCUCGUCCACCUGGGGGACAUCGCACGAUAUCGCAACCAGACAAGCCAGGCGGAAUCCUAUUACAGACACGCAGCUCAGCUUGUUCCAUCUAACGGUCAACCAUACAAUCAGCUGGCUAUCCUGGCCUCCUCUAAAGGAGACCACCUUACAACAAUCUUCUACUACUGUAGAAGCAUUGCAGUCAAAUUCCCCUUUCCAGCAGCUUCCACCAACUUACAGAAAGCGCUGUCUAAGGCUCUUGAGAGCCGUGAUGAGGUCAAAACGAAAUGGAGCGUGUCCGAUUUCAUCAAGGCCUUCAUCAAGUUCCACGGACAUGUUUACCUCAGCAAAAGCCUGGAGAAACUUGGUGCACUGAGGGAGAAGCUGGAAGAGCAGUUUCAGCGACUGAUUCUCCAGAAAGCCUUCAGCUCUCAGCAGCUUGUCCACAUAACGGUUAUUAACCUGUUUGAGUUGCACCACCUCCGAGACUUCAGCAAUGAGACUGAUGACCAAAGCUUCAGCUCAGAUGAACAGCUCAGCUGGAUCCAGCUUCUCGGGCUUUUCAUGUCUUUCUUGGGUGUGAUGUGCAGCCGAGCCUUACUGAACAAGAACCAGGAGGAGAUCAUGGGAGAGUGCCCCCUGCCAGCUAUCAAGGUGUCUCUGGAUUGGCUGAGGCUGCGGCCUGGCGUAUUUACUGAGAGCGCUGUUGACCACAGACAAUACAUUUGGCCAUGGCUGGUGUCCAUACUUAACAGCUUCCAGCCCAAGGAGGAGGAUGUGUCAAAUUCAUCAGCUACUCCACUCCCAGAAGAGUUUGAGCUCCAAGGCUUUUUGGCUUUGAGGCCUGCAUUAAGGUUGCUAGACUUUUCCAAAGGACACCAGGGCAUUGCAGUUGGCAAGGACAGCUUCAUAAUUCAUGCACGUCAUCAGAGGCUCAUCAGUUUGGGCAAGUGGGUGGCAGACAACCACCCUGGCCUAAUCCAGUGCCGCAUCAGUGAUGGUUUACUUCUCUUCUUCACCGACAUCCCUGAGCUGGCGGUGGAAGAGCCUCAGGAGAAGGAACCUUCUGUGUUGCAGGAAUCAUCGAAUGGUGAGCAGAAUCCUAAUGAUGGCUCUUCUGGCCUCAAAUCAGUACUUUCCAUGGGGAAGAGCCAGAGCAGUGGUCUGGACAGCAGUGAAAGGCCUGUAGUCACUUUCAAGGAGAACAUCAAACCUCGCGAACAAAGCCGUGAGCAAAACCGUAACCAGCAACACCGGGAUGGAGGGAAGGAGCGAGCAGGCUUUGGCAAGGGCAAUGGAAUGCCACUGAAAAAUGAGCAGAAGAAGGAUGGCAAGAGGAAGAGUGAGGUGAAAAAGAACAGUCAUGAGAAAGCGUUGGAUGCAGGAAAACAGGUAAAAACUCAGGCAGAAAUGAGGAAGACACCAGUGUCUGAGGCAAGGAAAACACCAGUCACACAGACCCAGACAACAUGCUCUUCCCAGUUUAUCCCCAUACAUCACCCAGGAGCGUUUCCUCCUCUCCCCAGUAGGCCAGGUUUUCCUCCGCCAGCAUAUGUGAUCCCACCUCCUGUGGCAUUUUCUAUGAACCCUGGCUUCACCUUCCCAGCAGGUGUGUCUGUCCCCACCUCCUUCCUGCAGCCUGCUUCACAUCCUCAGUCUCCCAAUCAGGUGCAGUCUGGAAAGCCCUCACACAUUCCCUAUAGCCAGCAGAGGCCCUCUGGCCCUGGGUCUCUCAGUCAGGGGCCUCCUCAACCUCAGGCCCCACCUCAGCCCCAGCAACCACAGCCAGCUCCUCCACAGCCUUCCAAACAGGCCCUACAACAGAGUGUGCAGCUUCAGGUGCAGCAGCAACAACAGUCACCCACCAAGCAGACCUCUCAGCUGGGCAAGAGUCCACCUCACCACACUGGCAUGCAGCAGCCAUACAUGGCGGUGUCUGAGCAGGCUGGCCAAAUGUGGAGCCAACACCAGGCCCCGUCCUCAAUGUCCAAGAUGCCCAUGCCCGUCAAACCGCCAUUCUUCAUGCCUGCACAGGACCACAUGAAGCUCUUUGAGCACUCCAUGCCCCCUGCUGUGUCCAUGCAGCCUCCCCAGUCCAACAUGGACAAGAAAAUGAAUUUCCAAGAAGUGAAGAUGCAGGAUUUUUACUGGGAGCCACCAUACCGCAUGACUGAGAACAGGGGCAGCUUGGCAGACAGGAUGGGAAAACACCAGUCUGGAGUCUUUUGCCCCGAACAGGAGAACACGCCCAGAGUGCCACCUUAUGAGGACAACAAGAGCUCUCCUCUUCUUCCUCCAGACCUGUUAAAAACUCUGGCAGACUUUGAGGAGGAGGAGGAGUUGGUCUUUUCUAAGCCUCAUGAUUUCUACCAGGCCUUGGCCGGCCCUCUUAAUUCUGCUCCUGGAAGAAACAUGUUUUUAUCGAGCCAGUCCAGGCUGGACAGUGGAUCAGAAGUAAUGGGCCAGUCCUCUCUUCUGCACCGCUCUGUUUUUCCCAUUCAGGAGAACUACCAAAACAACAGCAUAUUCAGUGAGGCAUACGGUAAAAACAUAGCGAGCACACCAAAGCCUGAUGUACCCAUGAUGCACCAGGAACCCUCUCUUUACUCACUGUUUGAAGGAACUCCAUGGUCACCCUCUCUUCCUGCCAGCUCAGAUCACUCAACCCCAGCCAGCCAGUCCCCCCACUCGUCCAACCCGAGCAGCCUGCCGUCAUCACCUCCCACUCACAGCCAUGGUGCUCUGCCCUUUUCUAAUUUUGGCCCCAUUGGCACACCAGACAGCCGUGACCGCAGAACAGCUGACCGCUGGAAGCCUGAAAAGACUGGUGUAAGUGGCUUUGGGCUAGACUACUUGCCUGCUGGCUCAUCUGCCACAGAGCCAAACAGCUGGCACCAGAGUGCCCCAACCAAUAGCUGGGCAGCCCAGGACAUGCCCAUGGAUGACUCCUCCACUGUCUUACUUGACAGCUUCAAGUCUAUCUGGUCGAGCUCGAUGAUGCAGCCAGGCCCUUCGGCGUUGGAGCAGCUCCUCAUGCAGCAAAAGCAGAAGCAGCAGCGUGGCCACGGCACUAUGAACCCGCCGCACUGAAGAGACACACAGAGCGGGUGCAAAGCACUUGUGCGAAAACCAUACCGAAGACAAAGAAGAGGUGCAAAACCACAAGCUCCAAUCGGAAAUUUGUUUUCCGGCGUUAAUCUGCGUGUGGAGGCUGGAGACGGCGGCCGGCGUGAACCGACACGCUCCAAAGCAACCGCUCGUCUGAGCGACAGGGGAGAUGCAGCCCUCUCCUCUCUUUCUCUCUGUCUCUCCAUCUUUGCCUUUCUGCGCCUCUAAGGCAUGGAGGGCAUAAAAAGCACCUGAUAUACCGCACUGCUCAGCAUGUAGCCGCUGCAGAACCGGUCACAUGGAGGGUGAUUUUGUGGGAACUCCCUCUCUGAUCACCACUCUGCUUCCUCUAAGGGACAAAAAAAAAAAAGAACUUCUCCUGUUUCAUCCGGGCUCUGGACGCUGGACCGGACCUCGUCAAAACCACCUGCUUUUACCUGCUUUGCAGGACUGAUUCACAGCACAUGGGAGAGAAUGAUGACGUUCGGGUGUAUGUGUGUGUUUGUGUGUGUUUGUGUAUGCGUGAAGAAUGGGGGUGUUUAUGGACAGGUAGACAUGGAAGGGCAAAAUAGAAGGAUGAACUUUUCUGAACAUAUUAGCUUGGAGGAGGGCUCUGUAUUUAGGUGUGGAAAGAUAUAGUAAGAAUAAAGUGCUGUGUAUAAUGCAGUGGGUGUAACGAGUGUGCCUCUGUGGGUCGCGCACAGGAUAUAGUUAGAUAUCUAUUGGAAAGGUUUUGUUUUGAGGGCGGGGGGCGGGGGGCGGGGGUGGGGGCUGUUAUCUGCUCUUCUAGAAAUGAGACUGCUAUGAACUGCACCAUGAUAUUAUAGCUUAAAAAUGAAUCAAACGGAGGUAGGGCUUAGACUCUAGAUAUUGAGUGUAGUAUCAUUAGCUGCAAUAGAGAUUGCAUUUAACAAUACUGUAUUUUGUGACUUGUUAUGUAGCAGUUUUAGCUUUGAGACAAUAUUGAAUUAAUAUGUUCAGUAGUUUACUGCUAACGGGGAGCUUUAUAUAUUCUCCUCCCCAUCCCUUCUAGCUCUUCUUGUUUUCUUGAGCAUCACUUUAACUUGCUUAUGAAGCAUUUCCAUUUGUUCAUGUUCUGCCUUUCAAAGUUUUAAGCAUUUUCCAGCUCUUUUUUUUUUGGUGCCUCGUCAGCGUUUGUAGUAUCUCUCUCUCUCUCUCUCGCUUUGUCUGUUUUUUUUUUUUUUCUUUAAAAAAAAAAAAAAAUACCAACACCAUGGUUGGCAGCGUCUCGAAGAUUAUAAACUAACGGAAAAAAAAACGGGUCCAGCAUCAACGCUGCUGGUUCAGCAUUGUGGAUGGGGGAAAUAGAAGGAACCCAAGCAGAAGGAACUGUUCUCCGAAUGAAGGGAUGAGAACAUUUCCAUAGCCACUAAUUGUAACCGGAUCAGAGAAACAUGGUAUCAAGAGAAACCGUUCAGCCAAUCAGCCAUCACUGUUUAAAAAAAGAAAAAAAACCUGAUAAAAAGCUUUUUGUGCUGUUCUUCAAAAUAGCAACCAUUGUAUAAUGAAAGAAUGUGGAUAAAUACAGACUAGCUGCAUUUUGGUCAGUUCUGGAUGUCCUUCGCUCUUCGGUCUCUAGGCUAGCGCUGGUUCUGGACAAACUCUACAAGGUUGUGUCCCCAUUGCUGAUCUUACCGUUGCUGUCUGAAGUUUGCUUUGUUUCUCUAAUCUGGACAAAGAAGAGGUUUUGAGGAUUUUCUUUUUGGAAAAA